AUGAAAUUUCAUAUAAAUGUUCUGGCUUUCUAUUUACUUUUGACUUUGUUGGCCACUGGAAAUCUGGCGGAGAUUCCAAAUCCACCUGUUAAUUUAAAUGUUGUGGAUGUUGGUCCUGGCUUUGUUAAACUAUCAUGGACACCAGUGCCGGGGGACAACAUAGAUUUCUACAAACUACAAUAUAGACAAAAGGAGGAUAUUAGCAGUAUAUUUUCGGAGAAGAGAAUGCGUGAACCCUCUCACAAGGUCCGCAGAUUGACACCGUUUACCAAUUAUGAAUUUCAAGUGAUUGCAGUUAAUUCUGUAGGUGAAAGUCGACCAACGAAUAUCGUAGAAAAAAGAACCAGUUCACUAGACAAAGGUGCAACGUAUGAAUUCCGUGUACAAGCUGUGAAUGAAAAUGGUGACGGACAUCGUGCUGUUAAAACCCUCGACAUCCCUGAUGGAGUACCUGCUGGAGCCCCUCAAAAUUUUACCGCAACGGGUGUUAGUGAAACAACUAUUCAUUUAAAAUGGGAGCUACCCGUCAAACAUCAGCAAAAUGGUGAAAUUGUCAUGUACCAGAUGAAAUAUCAUAAACUUGGUGAAAUCGAUGUGGACGAUUUAAAUUUGACGUCUACAGAAUUCACAAUCCGAGGACUAGAUUGGAACACCGACUAUGUGUUUCAGAUUAGAGCAUUUACCAAAAAAGGUGCUGGUCCUUGGAGCUCAACGUUGAUCUUCAAAAUAUAUGAAGGAAUAAUCCCUGCACCCCAACAGGUUGUGGUUCGUAGAACCAGUUGGAAGACCAUACAGGUCACAUGGAAUGAACCCGAAGUCCCUGUAUCUGGCUAUCGGGUCUCUUAUAACAAGUUUUACGUAGAGAAUUUUGAAAGCUGGCCGUCUUUUGACAUUGGUCCUUACACAGUGGCAGACAUUACAGGAUUGGAGAAACAGCCGUAUGCCAUCAGAGUGUCAGCUAAAUCAUUAGAUGGAAAGUUUGGAAAUGCUUCUGCUGCUGUUAUAGCAAAUGUACCUACAAGACUUGAAAGAGAUGACAUUGUGACAAUUUUCCGUGUGACACACAGAACAUCAACAACUAUUAACCUGGCAUGGGAGCCACCUAAACAGAUCGGUAUCAAUAACUACUUAUUGGAGAUUGUAGGAAUGAAGUUUCAACGUUUAAAAGGUCAGAUAAGUCCACAGAACUUGUCUCCAAUUUUACCAAUCAAUAUUCCUGGUCAGUCAACAACAUGGAUAGUACCUAAUCUAGUCCCCAAGGCUAGAUACAAGUUCAUCAUAACUUCAUUAUUUAGAAAUGGAAAAAAAGGACCAGAACAAUAUUUAAUGGCAGAAACCAGACUUGAAGCACCUAGAGAAGUUAAGAGACCAGAAAUAGAAAAGAUUGAGAAAGGGCAUAUAGUAUUCAGGCUAACUGCAGCAUCUGAGGUGAAUGGCAGAAUAAGUCAUUACUAUCUUAUUGUUGUUCCAAUACUUAACAGCACAAUCCUCAGAAGACCUCAGGAUUACCAGUUUGAUGAGUUUGAUGACUCACCACAUCCAUCUGUCUUUGCACGUAAACCUUACAUAGCUGCCAAGUUCUCCUCCCACCGACUGCCUUGGCUAUUUAUAUUAGGAGCUUGUGAUGAGUAUGAAGGAUUUACCAACCGACCUCUGAACAAGGACUGGCGCUAUAGAGUGUUCCUUAGAGCACAUACUGUAGAGCAGGACUUAUACACAACCAGUUACUACUCAGCACCGAUUUCUUUAGGUCCAUACAUACGUCAGUUACCUCGUCCUAUCGCACCCAGUCCAGGAGACACGGACACCGUAGACCAAGCAUCACCAAAUGUCCCCAAUUCCAAAAGCGUGAUGAUAAUUGUGAGUGUGGUCCCUGUCUGUGCAGGUGUCACUCUAAUCAUAAUUGGCUGCAUUCUGCUUAUUUGGUACAUGAGACGUAAAUCUCAUCGUAAGAGUAAAACCCCAGAGCAAAUUCCUGGUAAAGUGUGUGUAGACGUACCCCCUCGUCCUAGUGAUCUAGUAGAAUAA